GGCGCGGCGGCGCGGCCUAGGCGGGAGGGCGGAUCCUCGGCCUCGCGUAGCGGCUCCUGCCCGCGGAGGGCCGCCCUCCUUGGAGGGCCAUGUCCCUGGUGGCCUACGCCAGCAGCGACGAGGAGAGCGAUGCGGAGGAGGCCGCUGGCGAGGAGGAGGAAGCCGCCGCUCCUCAGCAUCCCCCGGCCCGGGGGCUCUUCGCCGCUUUGCCCCCUCCCAAAGCCCCCGUGAUGCCGCCCCUGCCCCCGCCUCACCAGCCGCUGGGCAGCGGCUUCCCGCUGCUGCCGCCGCCGCCCCACGCCGGGCCGCCCCCGCCGUUCCUGAUGGGCCCCCCGCCUGCCGUGAGGGGCUUCGGCCCCCCUGCGCCGGCCGCGAGCCCGGGCCAGGCCUCGGCCGGCAGCCCGCCCGAGCCGGCCCCCGGCGGCAGCGGGGAGCAGCCCAGGCUCGGGGGGCUGCUCCUGCCUCCCCCGAGGAACACCGCGGCCGCCGCCUCUGCCCUCCACCUGCCCCCUCCCGCCUCGGCCUCUGCCGCUCCGCCCGCGGCUGGGGGGGAUUUGGGCCUCCCCAAGCCAAAGAAGAGGACGGAGCCGGUGCGGAUCACAGCGCCCGAGCUGCAAAAGGGAGAUUCAGAUUCAGAGGAAGAUGAACCAACAAAGAAGAAAACUCCUCUGCAGGGACGUGCUGAGGGCUCUGGCUUGUCAGCUCUGCUUCCUCAGCCCAAGAACCUGACAGUGAAAGAGACCAAUCGGGUACUUCUGCCCUAUUCUUUCUCAAGGAAAGCUGGAGAAAACGACUCCAAAGCUACUAAAGCCCCAACUCCUUCCUCUAAAGCCAAAGCUCUGUCCAAAGCCACGGUGCCCACCACUCCUUCUCCAUCCGCCAUCAAAGCUGCUGCCAAGAGCGCUGCCCUGCAGGUGACCAAGCAGAUCACCCAGGAGGAGGAUGACAGUGAUGAAGAGCUUGAGCCAGAGAACUACUUCUCCUUGUCUGACAGGAGGGAGCCCGAGGUGGGGGGUGCUGACAGCUACGUGUACCCCGGCACGGCGCUGCCCGAGGAGCCGCCUCCCGGGACAGAGCCCGAGCCCCAGUUCCAGGACGCUGCUGCAAACGCUCCUCUGGAGUUCAAGACGGCUGCAGGUUCCAGUGGGGCUCAGCACAGCUGGGCUCCCAAAGCUGGGGAGGACUACAGCAGCCAGCAGUACAGCCAGUUCCCUGCCUACAGCGAGGCUGGUGCCUAUUACCAGGAUUACUACAGCAGUGGGUACUACCAGGAGGUGGAAGCAGCCCAGGCAGCACCACAGGAGAUGAACACUGACUCCUCUUUCAUCGAUGACGAAGCGUUCAAACGGCUGCAGGGCAAGAGGAACCGAGGCAGGGAGGAGAUCAACUUCGUGGAUAUCAAAGGUGACGAUCAGCUGAGUGGGGCCCAGCAGUGGCUGACCAAAUCCCUCACAGAGGAGAAGACCAUGAAGUCUUUUAGCAAGAAGAAGGGAGAUCAGCCCACGGGGCAGCAGAGGCGGAAACACCAGAUCACGUACCUGAUCCAUCAGGCCAAGGAAAGAGAACUGGAACUGAAAAACACCUGGUCAGAGAACAAGCUCAGCCGGCGUCAGACUCAGGCCAAAUACGGAUUCUGAGGCCUCUGCCCCUCGGCUCCUGCCCCUGGUGACCUCCUGGGACAAACUGCUCGGGGCUCCCCGCGGCCGGCCGGGCCCCGCGCGGGACGGGCUGCGCCGGGCAGGACACGCCGCUCCCUGCCCCGUCUGCAGCAAAGCCUCCUGCAGCCAGCCCCGAGGAUCCCCCUGAAACCACCCCCCUCCCUCCUCCCAGCCACGACCUGGGGAUCCCGUGUGGCUGCAGCCCCAGGGCUGGGGGCUCGUGGCCUGGAGCGGGGCAGCUGGUGGCUGUGCUGCCGCAGCCGUGGCAGGCUGGGAAUCGGCUCCCACUUGGCUCCUUCCUUGGCCUGGCUGUGCAUUCACAGGGGUCACUUUCCAAAGGACAGAGAGCUUCAGGAGCAAACCCAGCUUCUCUCUUGGAUCUUCUCUUGCCCUUUUGUUUGCCCUGUCCUCACUGCUGCUGACCUGUGUCCCCCUCAGUGCAGCACCCCUCUCCUGCAGUGACUGGCAUCCCCCUGAAGCCUGGCUGUAGCGGUGGCUCUGUUCUCAGCUCCUCAGCCUCUGUGUCCAGUAAAGAAACUCCUUUACAGGUG